GUUGUUUGGCUCAAUUUUUUCAUUUUCAUCUCUUGACAGAUUCUACUACACUACAACAAGGCCUGACAAGGUUCCCAAACCAACACUUGUAUGCUGGUGUAGAGACAAUUGUGCUAGGCAGAUAAGGUGCCGGACUGCAUGGACGAAAAGUCUUGAACAAGAAUUUAUGAUGUUGCUGUCUAAUAUUAAAAAACCAUACGUCUGCUGUGUUCACUCUUCUAUGCCUCAUAUGGCCUAAGGCUCAUUUUAGAUAUACUGGAUUUUUGUAAAGGAGGCGUGAAUCUUUCCGGACCGUGACCUGUUCUUUUUCACCUCACAGUAGGUGUGGAUUAAACUCUAUUCAUCUCGGCCCCUCCUUGCGGGCGUAACGUACGGAGUGCAAAAUGGGCCAAUCCUCCUCCGUAUCGUCGUGUUCCACCAUCGUAUCGGCUAAAGCGAAAGAGAAAUCAGUGGAGACAGCAGCGAGGCGAAUGAGAAUCCGAAGAAUAACAAGCGAAGAGCGAGGCGGUGACCGGUUUGACCGGAAUCCAGCGAAAAAUAAGGAGCUGCCGAAACUGGAGGAGAAGCUGCGGGGCGUUUCCACAGCUGAUCUUACGGUAAUCAGCAGCGGGGACUUGGAGAAACUCGGGCCAAAAAACUCGCUUAGCGGACGGACAGAGAGCAAACAAAUCUCCGCUGCCACAAGCCCACCUGGUGACCAUGAGACAGUCCGGGCAGCUGUGAGUGUCUCUGCGGACGGGAGUGCCGGGGACUCGUGGGUCGAUGCUAAGUGGUGUGAUCCGUGGGUUAGUGCACUCAACAGCACGGACCCCAAGCUCGACAGUGCCGUCACGGUGGGGGGAGAUCAUGACCAUGUCCCGACCAUGGAGAAGCAAUCACUCAGAGAUAAUUGUACUAAGCAGAGGAGGGAUGAAUCGGAGGCCGAAGCACCCCGGGGGCUGGCGGUACCAGGAGAUUCAGACCAAUUGUACCCAUCAGAAGAGAUGAUGAGACGAUCUCUGACACUGAGCUUGCGUUUGAACGCCCCGGAAAGCAUCGGGGCGUGCGGGACAAGUUCAGGAGACUUGGCUCCGAGUAACUCCGUGAAUAACACUGUACACCACGGCAAUACGCAAAUUACUAAAACCGCUGUAACGACUGCCCCUUCUUCCACCAGACAUCUUAGACAGGGUGAAAGGACCCAGAGUUGUCCCGUAGAAUCGGGUGUGGGGUACGCCACAUCCAGUUCUCCGAAACAGAGCGGGGAGCUCGAGUGCGGUAUACCGGGCAGUCAGAGUUUCCCUGGCACUAUUCCGCGUCUCAUUGUAACCCGGGAUCCAAGCCCCAUCCGAACAGAGUCGCAUCGGCAGGAGGGCACGGUGCCCGGCGGAAUCUCCGUGGACGUACCCCUAGAUGAGGAGUCACCAUGCUCGGACAGCGGCUGCGGAGGGUCCCCGGUACCAUCUCUCUUGCUGCGAAAGCUCUCCAGCUCGUCCUCCGCCGGGCUGUCCUCGGCCUCGUCGUUUGAAGAAUCGGAGGAUGAUUUCACAGGCAGCGACAUCGAGCACAACAGCAGUACGGCUGUGUUUAACAGCAUGCUUGGCAGUCCGGAGGAAGUGUCUGGGAACAAGUCGUGGAAGAAGCUGAAGACCAUGGUGCACUGGUCCCCCUUCGUCGUGUCCUUCAAGAAACGCUACCCCUGGGUGCAGCUCGCCGGCCACGCAGGUAACUUCCAGGCCGGGGAGAACGGGAAGCUGCUGAAGAAGUACUGCGAGUGCGAGCAUCAGUGCCUGCAGAAGCUGAUGGGCGACUCGCUGCGGCCGUUCGUCCCCGGCUACUACGGCGUGGUGCAGCGCGACGAGCAGGACUACAACCUGAUGGACGACCUGCUGGCCGACUUCGACUCGCCCUCCAUCAUGGACUGCAAGAUGGGCAGCCGGACGUACCUGGAGGAGGAGCUGGUGAAGGCGCGGGAGCGGCCGCGGCUCCGCAGGGACAUGUACGAGAAGAUGGUGGCGGUGGACCCCGGGGCGCCGACGCCCGAGGAGCACGCGCAGCAGGCCGUCCUCAAGCCCCGCUACAUGCAGUGGAGGGAGACCCUGAGCUCCACGGCAACGCUGGGCUUCCGCAUCGAGGGCAUCAAGAAAGCUGACGGCACGUGCAACACAAACUUCAAGAAGACCAAGCACAGGGAACAGGUGAUGCAGGCUCUCCAGGACUUCGUGGACGGAAACACCAAAAUCCUGAGGAGUUACCUGCAGAGACUAGAGGAGCUCCGGUCAGAGCUGGAGAAGUCAGACUUCUUCAGGACACACGAGGUGGUGGGCAGCUCGCUGCUCUUCGUGCAUGAUGGGACGGAGCAGGCGCGGGUGUGGAUGAUCGACUUUGGGAAGACCGUACCCCUGCCGUCCCCCCUCACCCUCGACCACCGCACCCCCUGGGUGGAGGGCAACCGCGAGGACGGCUACCUGUGGGGGCUGGACAACCUCAUCGGCAUCUUCAGUGCCAUGCUGCCUGCCGGCUGAGUGCGGGGGGGGGGCACGGGACUGGCCGGAGGAGGAGAGGGGGAGGAGGAGAGAGGAGGGGGAUGCAGAGAUCGUUCUCCCAAACCUGCACAGAGGAGAGCCUGGAGGAUCGCAGAGAUUGUACCGGCUGCUGGUUCCUGUCUCUGAGAG